GAUUCUUCUUGCCUGAUGAAGGAGAAAAAGAAAGACACGAGGAUAGGGAGGGUCUUUAUUGUAUUUUAUUUUAAUAAGGAAGGAGUGAAAAGAAAUGAAGAGGUCAUUCCCCUGCACAGAUGGCCUCAGAAAAGCCUUCAGGAAACCUGUCAUAAAACCCCUCUCCUUUUGAGAUCCCCUCCUGGAGAAUCAUCCAAGAUUUCUGCAACGAGAUUCAGACAGGAAAAAACGGAGGCAUUGAGACAUUAACUCUGUCUUUAAGAGUUAAGUCUCUGCAUCUGGCAUGUGUAUCCAUCUGUCUGCAUGAGUUUCCCACAAAGGAUCAUGCAUUUGCCUAAUGCUGUGUCUGUUUUCAUGGAAAAGAGUUUUCCAAGGAUGUGAGAAGUCAUCCAGGUUCUUUGGUUCUUUUCUUUUUUUGCAAGUCUGAACAUUUCUCUAUUCUGUUCUCACAUUUGGUUUACAAUAGAAUUCUAAGUUCAAAAUCUUUUCCUUUAGAAUUUGCUGAUCUUGCUUGACUGAGUCUCAUUAUCUGCCCCUGAGGACACAUAGAGGGAGGCAGUCUGGUUAUCUGAAUAUCGCCAGGUCUUUACACCCCUGCCCCUGGGAGAGAUGGGUUCUUCUCUUGAUCCUCAAUGUUCUAAAACGUCAUGCUAGCAGCUGGGUGCUGUAGAUUGACAUUCAUUUCAAUAUAUGUGUGUCCUUCAUAUUUGGAAGUUUUAUUUCUUUGACAAAUUCCUUGCUUCUAUCUUGGGUUUUUUGUUUGUUUGUUUGUUUGUUGCCACUCUUACUUUCCUGAAAUAAAUGCCCAUUGGUCAAAUCUCUCCCUGAUUUCCACCCUCUCUGUUUGAUCUUUUCUUUCACAUCUUCUUCCUUCUGUGGUCCACAUUAUUUUUGUCCUAUUUUUGAUUAACGCCCCAAAGGAUCCAAGUUGAAAGCAGCCUUGAAGGUCAUCUCGUUCGGCUCCCUUACUUUACAGAUGGGGCACCUAAGAAGAGGAAGAGGAUCCAGGGAGGGGAAAAUGACUUGCCCAUCAGUUACCCCUGUGUGUAGCCACAGGGCUGCCUGACUCCAAACCCAGGAUUUCCCUCCUGGCCAGAAAGCCUUGAGCGACUUAGUCACCCUUCACCCUUUCCCUUUGACACCAGGGGAGAUGGCUCAUCAGUAGAAAGGAGCCUCUAGGGUUCCAGGUGAGGGAGCAGCCCAGCCAUGGAUCCUGCCAAUGAGUCUUCAGAAGGAACCCCGUUCAUCCUCCUGGGAUUAACAGCAGAUCCUAGACAGCGGCAGCCUCUUUUUGUGCUAUUCUUGGUCCUAUAUACAGCGGGCAUCCUGGGUAAUGGGCUCAUUGUGGCCGCCAUACAAGUCAGUCCAGCUCUUCAUGCACCCAUGUACUUCCUGCUGGCUCACCUGUCCUUUGCUGACCUCUGCUUUACCUCCGUCACUGUACCCAAGAUGCUGGCCAACUUGAUAGCCCAUGACCGCUCCAUCUCCCUGGCCGGCUGCCUGACCCAGAUGUACUUCUUCUUUGCUGUGGGUGUAACAGACAGCUGUCUCCUGGCUGCCAUGGCCUAUGACCGCUACAUGGCCAUCCGGCACCCCCUCCACUAUGCCGCGAAGAUGUCCCGAGCCGUGUGCACAGCCCUGGUGGGGACCGCAUGGCUGGUGUCCCAUGCCCACUCCCUCCUGCAUAUCCUGCUCAUGGCUCGCCUGUCCUUUUGCGCCUCCCACAGAGUGCCCCACUUCUUCUGUGACCACCAGCCUCUCUUGAGGCUGUCAUGCUCCGACACCCGCCACAUCCAGCUGCUCAUCUUCACCGAGGGCGCCGCAGUGGUGGUCACUCCCUUCCUGCUCAUCCUCGCCUCCUAUGGGGCCAUUGCGGCUGCGGUGCUCAGGCUGCCCUCAGCCUCUGGGAGGCUCCGGGCUGUGUCCACCUGCGGCUCCCACCUGGCCGUGGUGGGCCUCUUCUAUGGGACGGUCAUCGCGGUCUACUUCCAGCCCACGGCCCGGUAUGAGGCGGAGCGCGGCAGAGUGGCCACCGUCAUGUACACCGUCAUCACCCCCAUGCUCAACCCUGUCAUCUACAGCCUCCGGAAUCGGGACGUGCAGGGGGCGCUCCGAGCGCUUUUCACUGGGCGGCGGAGGAUCUCAGCCGGCGACACCUGAGGCCUGGGCCCCACCAAGGACAGACUGCAUCCCCCACGCGACAACUGUGAAUACACUCACGGGCUCUGUGCUUUUCCCCAAAACAUAAUGACAGUGAUCCCUUUUUGAGCCCCGUAAAGCAGAUCCUUGCCUGAUCUGACUUAAUUCCACAACAACCAGGGAAGCAGAUUUUAUGAUCCAGUUGUUUUUGUGUUUUGGUUUGGGUUUUUUGGCUACAUGCAGCAUGUGCAAGU